AUGGGUAAGAAGAGCCGAGUGAAAACGCAGAAAUCAGGCACUGGUGCUGCAGCAAGCGUGUCCCCGAAGGAAACCUUGAACCUGACCAGUGAGCUUUUGCAGAAGUGCAGUAGCCCUGCCCCUGGCCCUGGAAAAGAGUGGGAAGAGUAUGUGCAGAUCCGGUCUCUGGUGGAGAAAAUACGAAAAAAGCAAAAAGGUCUGUCUGUUACUUUUGAUGGAAAAAGAGAAGAUUACUUUCCUGAUCUAAUGAAAUGGGCCUCUGAAAAUGGAGCCUCUGUUGAGGGUUUUGAAAUGGUGAACUUCAAAGAAGAGGGCUUCGGUUUGAGAGCAACGAGAGAUAUCAAGGCAGAAGAAUUAUUUUUAUGGGUUCCACGAAAAUUACUAAUGACUGUUGAAUCUGCUAAAAAUUCAGUGUUGGGACCCUUGUAUUCUCAAGACCGAAUUCUUCAAGCCAUGGGGAACAUAACACUGGCCUUCCAUCUGCUGUGUGAGCGGGCCGACCCUAACUCAUUCUGGCAGCCCUACAUCCAGACCCUCCCCAGCGAGUACGACACCCCUCUCUACUUCGAAGAGGAUGAGGUUCGCUACCUGCAGUCCACACAGGCCAUACACGACGUCUUCAGCCAGUAUAAGAACACGGCGCGGCAGUACGCGUACUUCUACAAGGUCAUCCAGACCCAUCCUCAUGCCCACAAACUGCCCUUGAAGGACUCCUUCACUUACGAGGACUACAGGUGGGCGGUCUCUUCCGUUAUGACUCGACAAAACCAGAUUCCCACGGAGGACGGCUCCCGGGUGACCCUGGCGCUUAUCCCCCUGUGGGACAUGUGCAACCACACCAGCGGCCUGAUCACCACCGGCUACAACCUGGAGGACGACCGCUGCGAGUGUGUGGCCCUGCAGGAUUUCCGGGCCGGAGAGCAGAUUUACAUUUUUUAUGGCACUCGGUCAAAUGCAGAGUUUGUGAUCCACAGUGGUUUUUUCUUUGACAAUAAUUCACACGACAGAGUGAAAAUAAAGCUUGGAGUGAGUAAAAGUGACCGGCUCUACGCCAUGAAGGCCGAGGUCCUGGCUCGUGCUGGCAUCCCAACCUCCAGCGUCUUUGCCCUGCAUUUCACUGAGCCACCCAUCUCCGCCCAGCUGCUGGCUUUUCUCCGAGUUUUCUGCAUGACCGAAGAAGAGCUGAAAGAGCACUUGCUGGGAGACAGUGCCAUUGACAGAAUCUUCACCCUGGGGAACUCUGAGUACCCUGUCAGCUGGGACAACGAGGUCAGACUGUGGACGUUUCUUGAAGACCGAGCGUCACUUCUUCUAAAAACAUAUAAGACAACCAUUGAGGAAGAUAAGUCUUUCUUGAAAAACCACGACCUUUCCGCCCGUGCCACCAUGGCCGUCAAGUUGCGCUUGGGUGAGAAGGAGAUCCUGGAGAGAGCGGUCAAGAGCGCGGCCGCGAACCGGGAGUUGUACCGGCAGCAGAUGGAGGAGCGGGCCCCGCUGCCCAAGUACGAGGAGAGCGGCGCCGCGCUGCUGGAGGGCGUGGCGGACUCGCGGCUGCCGCUGGUGCUCAGGAGCCUGGACGGGGAGGCGGGCGCGCAGGAGGCCUUGACGCUCACCGAGGCCGUCCGCAGGGCCCAGGCCGCAGAGCACGGGCUCCUCAACGGCCAAAGCUCUAUCCCCAACGGGACCAGGUCGGAAAAGGAGACUUUAACUCAAGAGGAGAGUCAACGAGCGACUGGAGACGCCAAAGAACCUUCUUCCGACAGCGCCGAGGAUGGUGCAAAGUAG